AGAUCUGAUUGAAAGAAAAUCUAAUAGUAUAAAUUCCUUUUAUUUUGAGAAUUACUUUGGAAUCCACUUCCAUGCGCUAAAUGAAAACAAAAAUAAGUUUUUGGUCAGACGUAAAGAAUAUGUUAAAGAUUUCGGUGAAUAAUGGUAUUAUUUGAAGAACAUAGAACCAAGGUCCCGCACUAGUUUCUUUAUUAUCUUCCUAGUAAAUUAUGGCACUCUAUUUUAAAACCGCAAGUGAACUUUGCGACGUAGUUUCUGUAGUUGCUUUCUGCUCUUUUGACUCCACUAUGUUGCUCAUAGUUGAUAACAUCGAGCACUGGAUACCUGGUGCUAGAGUUCUACAGGGAAUGUCUUGGGAAAAAACUAUCAAAAAAGAAAUCAAUGAGAUUUUUGGUCCAAUACCGAGUGCUGAUUUGAAAAUUUUAAGAACUUCUAAGCUAUACAUAACUAGGCACACCGUACCUUAUUUGCUCCACAUAGUUUUUCAAUUGUUUGUGGACACACCGACGAAAAACAAGGCCAAAAAUACCAUUGGAAAGUAUAGGGGAAAAUGUCGUUGGGUUUCUCAGUCCGACAUACUUAAAUUAUUACAAAUGCACAACUUACGAAGUCCCGAGUUAGUAGAAUUGUUUUUCCUAAUUAAAAAAGAACAAUUGCCGAACUCUUACAAUUCUCCCGAAGAUAUAAUUAUUAUGGACACUUUAUUGGAAACUGGAGAGGACAUAUUGGUCAUUGGAAAAGGGAAUAAUUUUGCUCAGUUGGUUGAUGCAGCCAAUAUCGAUCGGUUAGGACAAGAAAUGAUUUUAAAAGAAUUUGUAUUAAUGACUUUUCCAGCUGCUUAUAUGAACAUCCGUUCGUUUACAAAAGCUGUAACAGAUUUAGGUUGGGAGAAACCUAAUGCUACUAGCUUGUUUCGGGCUGCCGAUUUCUGCGUACGAUACGGAAUCACUUUUAGAGAAUGGAUUUAUUUGUUGGCGACUGUAGAUCCCUCCACGCCUCACGGUGGAGUUGCGGUCGAAAUGAGAAGCAAAUACAUGUUUAGGUACUACGAUAGAGACAAUGAUAAACUAUUGAAAAUAGACGAUUUUAAAGGACUUAUUGCUGAUCUUAGAAAAGCCAGAAAGAAUCCGAUAGAUGCUGCAAGUGUUGCGAAAGAAGCUUCCGAAACCUAUAAAGCAAUGGGUAUAUCAGAAGGGAGUGCAAUUAACGAAGUUGAUUUCAUGAAAGCGAUAUUAGAGUUAAAAAUUCGUGGAAUGCCUACCAUUUUUAGAUCCUCAAUAGGAAUUCUAAAAUACUUACAACAAAAGGGAAAUGGCGGAACUUUUAUGCCUCCAGUUUCUGCAGCUUUGCCAAGUAAUGGGGGAAAUCUAGAAAGUAUAAGAAGCAAAAUGGCACAAUUAUCAUCACCUUUGGUUAGAAAUAGCAAGGAUUAUGAAAUAGCUGUUCAUGCCGUAAAAAUCCAAAGAAGUGGACAAGCUCUUAAUAUUGAUGAAAUGCGAGCUAUCCAAGAUGCCGUUUCGAAUACUACCCUCAAACAACCACUUAACGAACAAACGCGAAGAAUAUCGAUGGAUAUAUUCAGCCAAAGAUCAGUUUCUAACGAACUGUUAAAAUCCCUCAGAUACCUCACUAGUAUUAACAAAAUUAAAGAUACCACGUCCAGUUUCACUUGGGGUCAGCUAGAUUCAGCUAUGGUUGCCAGAAACUUGAUAAGUAUUUGUAAUCAGGUCAGGGAAAUAUUUAGGACGGAACCGAGAUUGUUGAAUUUGAGAUCGCCUGUUUAUAUAAUGGGGGACUUUCACGGCAACAUUAACGAUUUACUGUAUUUCGAAAAAGUGUUGUGGCACAUAGGUCCAGGACUUACACCAUCAUCUUUGCUGUUUUUAGGAGAUUAUGUUGACAGAGGUGCUUUCAGCUUUGAAGUUAUUGCGUAUUUAUUCUCAUACAAGCUGCAGAGUCCCAAUAAAGUGAAUCUCUUGCGAGGAAAUCAUGAAAUUCGUGAGGUUCAAAAGAUGUUUACUUUUUACAAAGAAUGCUGUCUUAAAUUUGGCGAGAAAUUAGGUAACGAAGUUUGGACAGCUUCAAAUAAUGCAUUUGAUACAAUGCCUAUAGCUGCCACUAUAGACGGAAAGGUAUUUUGUUGCCAUGGAGGAGUACCGCCACCUUGGCUUUGUCCCGUUAUAACAGCUAUCAAUGAUAUCCCCGUACCUCUUAACCAACCCGAUGUGCAGAGUUCGUUGGCAUGGGAGCUGAUGUGGAAUGAUCCUGUAAGACCAAAAGCACUUAAUGACAAAUUAGCUAUGGAAUUGCUUGCCAACGAAGGUUUUGCUGUGAAUACGAGAAGAGGCACAGCUCAUGUAUUUAGCGUGGAAGCAUUGGAGAGGUUCCUGAAAGCGAAUCAACUGACUCAUUUCGUACGAGCUCAUGAAGUUGCACAGGCUGGUUUUCAGGUUAAUCAGAAAGGAAAAUUGCUGACAGUAUUUUCAUCUUCUAAAUAUUGCGGUGGGAAAAACGAUGCAGCUUGCAUAAUGGCGGAUGCGGGGAAACUUAGAGUUCUCAGACUAGACACAACAUGAACAGUAAGGUUAUACUAAAAAGCAACAGAAAGAAACAAAU